UGGGAAGAAGGAAUUGGAAAGACAGAAACAGAGCUGUUACCGGGGCGGGAAGAUGAGCAGUGCAGGAAUGUGGAGAAAGUGGCACAGACCAGAGCCCUGGAGAUAAAUGGAGGAGGGAGGAAGCCGGUCUGGUGAACUAGAAGUUCCCGGCGUUGGGGGCUCCGGGCGCGGGCGCGGGCGGGCCGGCCGGCCGGCCGGGGUGGGGGGCGGGCAGCUGUGUCGUCAGGAGCAGGGCGGCCCCGCGGCGGCCGCGUCUGCCUGGCCCGUCCCCUCCAGCCCAGCUCGGGCUCCAGCUCCCGCGCCGGCGCUCCAGCUCCGACCGCGCGCCCUCCGCAGGCAAGGAAGUUUCUGAAACUGGAUCUGAAUCCCACUUUUCAUCUUUAAAUGGAGGAAAUGAGCUUUACUGAGGAAGAAAUGCAAAUAUUGCUGGGCAUCUCAACCUCCUAACCAGCUACCCUUGGAAGCAGGGUUCCAGGUGCCAGAAGUACUACUACCAAGCUGCCUUUGUGUUCAUCCUUAGGAAAAAAAGAAAGAUGGCCAAGGAGAGGGGCCUAAUAAGCCCCAGUGAUUUUGCCCAGCUGCAAAAAUAUAUGGAAUACUCCACCAAAAAGGUCAGUGAUGUCCUAAAACUCUUUGAGGAUGGUGAAAUGGCUGAAUAUCUCCAAGGAGAUGCCAUUGGGUACGAGGGAUUCCAGGAAUUCCUGAAAAUCUAUCUGGAAGUGGAUAAUGUUCCCAGUCCCCUAAGCCUGGCACUGUUUCAAUCCUUCCAGACUGGUUACUGCUUAGAAGAGACUGUAAAAGAAGAUGUGGUGUGUCUCAGUGAUGUCUCCUGCUACUUUUCCCUUCUGGAGGGUGGCCGGCCAGAAGAUAAGCUAGAGUUCACCUUCAAGCUGUACGACACGGACAGAAAUGGGAUCCUGGACAGCUCAGAAGUGGACAAAAUCAUCAUACAGAUGAUGCGAGUGGCUGAAUACCUGGACUGGGACGUAUCUGAGCUGAGGCCGAUUCUUCAGGAGAUGAUGAAAGAGAUUGACUAUGAUGGCAGUGGCUCUGUCUCCCUAGCUGAGUGGCUUCGGGCUGGGGCCACCACCGUGCCACUGCUAGUACUGCUGGGUCUGGAGAUGACCCUGAAGGACAAUGGACAGCACAUGUGGAGACCCAAGAGGUUCCCCCGACCCGUCUACUGCAACCUGUGCGAGUCAAGCAUUGGUCUUGGCAAACAGGGGCUGAGCUGUAACCUCUGUAAAUAUGUGGUUCAUGACCAGUGUGCCAUGAAGGCCCUGCCCUGUGAAGUCAGCACCUAUGCCAAGUCUCGGAAGGACAUUGGUGUUCAAUCACAUGUAUGGGUGCGAGGAGGCUGUGAAUCCGGGCGAUGCGACCGCUGUCAGAAAAAGAUCCGGAUCUACCACAGUCUGGUUGGGCUGCAUUGUGUGUGGUGCCACCUAGAGAUCCAUGAUGACUGCCUGCCAACCAUGGGCCAAGAGUGUGACUGUGGGCUGCUCCGCGAUCACAUCUUGCCUCCAUCUUCCAUCUAUCCCAGCGUCCUGGCCUCUGGACAGGAGCGUAAAAUUAGCAAAACAAACCAGAAGAGCGUGGAUGAAUUAAAUUUGAGCACCUCUGAGGCUCUGCGGAUUGACCCUGUUUCUAACACCCACCCACUUCUGGUCUUUGUCAACCCCAAGAGUGGCGGGAAGCAAGGGGAGAGGGUGCUGUGGAAAUUCCAGUAUCUACUAAACCCUCGACAGGUGUUCAACCUCCUGAAGGAUGGUCCUGAGCCAGGACUCAGAUUCUUCAGAGAUGUUCCUGAUUACCGGAUUCUGGUGUGUGGCGGAGAUGGUACAGUAGGCUGGAUUCUAGAGACCAUUGACAAAGCCAACUUGCCCGUCGUGCCUCCUGUUGCUGUGUUGCCCCUGGGCACUGGAAACGAUCUGGCUCGUUGCCUAAGAUGGGGAGGAGGGUAUGAGGGACAGAACCUGGGGAAGAUCCUCAAGGAUUUAGAGACGAGUAAGGUGGUACAUAUGGAUCGAUGGUCCGUGGAGGUGAUACCCCAACAAACUGAAGAGAAGAGUGACCCAGUCCCCUUUCAAAUCAUCAAUAACUACUUCUCCAUCGGUGUGGACGCCUCCAUUGCUCACCGGUUUCACAUCAUGCGGGAGAAAUAUCCUGAGAAGUUCAACAGCAGAAUGAAGAACAAGCUGUGGUACUUCGAGUUUGCCACUUCUGAAUCUAUCUUCUCAACCUGCAAAAAGCUGGAGGAAUCUUUGACAGUGGAGAUCUGUGGGAAACCACUGGAUCUGAGCGACUUGUCCCUAGAAGGCAUCGCAGUGCUGAACAUCCCAAGCACGCAUGGUGGCUCCAAUCUCUGGGGUGAUACCAAGAGACCACACGGUGAUAUCCACGGGAUCAACCAGGCCUUAGGUGCUACAGCCAAAGUCAUCACUGACCCUGAUAUCCUGAAAACCUGUGUUCCAGACCUAAGCGACAAGCGGCUGGAAGUAGUAGGGCUGGAGGGUGCGAUUGAGAUGGGCCAGAUCUAUACCAAGCUCAAGAAUGCUGGACAUCGGCUGGCCAAGUGCUCUGAGAUCACCUUCCACACCACAAAAACCCUCCCCAUGCAAAUUGAUGGAGAACCCUGGAUGCAGACACCCUGUACAAUCAGGAUUACCCACAGGAACCAGAUGCCCAUGCUCGUGGGCCCACCCCCCCGCUCCUCCAAUUUCUUUGGCUUCUUGUGCUGAGGGGGACAUCUCAGCCUCCAAGCCAGCCCUGAACCCACCUCCUUGUCCCUGGACUGUCCCCCCCCAGGCUCUGUACAUUGCUGCUACACCCUCCUGCCAGCUCAGGGGAGUGUUCCUUCACCCUCACAGUAUUUAUUAUCCUACACCACCUGCACUCUUCCCCGUGCACACGUGCACACACACAUACACACACAUGUCACAAACAAUAUGUUGAAAGUGCCUCAUCUGAAUAAAAUGACUUUUUUUUGUCCCACUGGGAUAUGUGUUA